AUGGCGCAGGAACCAGAGGGAGACACCCGGCUCCUGCAGGACGUGCUGGACAGACCGGGGAACGGGACGUGCGCCGACUGCGGCAACCCAGAGCCGGACUGGGCGUCGGUGACGUUGGGCGUGUUUGUUUGCCAGGCCUGCUCGCUCCUUCACCGAAGCAUCCCCCACAUCACCCGGGUGAAGUCUGUCCAGGACACGUGGGAGGCCAGCGAGGUGGAGUUAAUGGCUGCUAUGGGAAACAAUGCAGCCAAGGCCAAAUAUGAGCAGAAGGUUCCUGCUUUCUACUACAGACCAACACACACUGACUGCAAGCUGUUGAGAGAGCAGUGGAUCCGUGCCAAGUACGAACGGAAUGAGUUUGAGUUCAUCGAGAAACAGGAGCCUUAUUCUGCAGGGUACCGAGAGGGGUUUCUAUGGAAACGAGGAAGAGACAACGGUCAGUUUCUCAGCCGAAAGUUCAUCCUGUCAGAGAGGGAGGGAGCGCUGAAGUACUUCAACAAGCAGGAUGCCAGGGAUCCCAAGGCGGUGAUGAAAAUCGAGACGCUCAACGCCACCUUUCAGCCGGCCAAGAUUGGCAACCCCUGUGGCCUGCAGAUCACCUACCUGAAAGACAACAGCACAAGGAACAUCUUUGUCUACCACAGUGACGCUAAGGAGAUGGUCGACUGGUUCAAUGCCAUCAGAGCAGCCAGGUUCCACUACCUGCAGGUGGCUUUUCCUGGAGCAAGCGACGAGGAGCUGGUUCCCAAACUGACCAGAAACUUCAUGAGGGAAGGCUUUAUGGAGAAAACAGGCCCAAAGCACACGGAGGGCUUCAAGAAGAGGUGGUUCACUAUGGACGACAGGAGACUCAUGUAUUUUAAAGACCCUCUGGAUGCUUAUGCCCGUGGCGAGGUGUUCAUCGGCAGUAAAGAGAACAGCUACACCGUCAUGGCUGGCUUGCCCCCGACCACGCAGGGCUACCACUGGAACCACGGCAUCACCAUCGUCACGCCAGACAGGAAGUUCCUCUUUGCCUGCGAGACGGAGGCCGAGCAGCGGGAUUGGAUAGGGGCCUUUCAGAGGGUCAUCAAUCGACCAAUGAGGCCACAGGAAUAUGCAGUGGAGGCCCAUUUCAAACACAAGCCUUGA